CAAUACUAAAAAAGAAAUGUCUUCAAAUAACAAUGCAAAGGGGAACAAGAGCCCUUGGCUCUCCAAAAAGGACAUCAGACGAAAAUAAGAAUGAAAUUCGAGUUGGCUUCUUUCAGCUGUUUAGAUUUGCUUCUUCAUCUGAGAUACUAAUAAUGGUUUGGGGUGGCAUCUGUGCCACUCUUCAUGGAGUCGCCCAGCCAGCCAUGUUGCUUGUCUUUGGGAUAAUGACAGACACGUUUAUUCAAUAUGACAUUGAGAGACAAGAGCUUAGCGAUCCAAACAAAGCAUGUGUGAAUAACACUAUAGUGUGGAUCAACAAUUCCCAUCACCAAAAUGACAGUAAUUCAUCAAUGAGUUGCGGGUUGCUGGACAUUGAAAGGGAAAUGACCUAUUUUGCAAGUUACUAUGGAGGAAUCGGCUGUGCCGUCUUUAUGCUUGGACAUUUCCAAAUCUGCUUAUGGGUAAUCUCAGCCGCUCGGCAGACACAACAAAUCAGAAAAGCCUAUUUCAGGAAAGUAAUGAGGAUGGAUAUAGGCUGGUUUGAUUGUACAUCAGUGGGAGAACUCAAUACACGGAUUUCUGAUGACAUAAAUAAAAUAAAUGAUGCUAUUGCUGAUCAAGUAGCAGUCUUUAUCCAGCGCUUCACCACCUUUGUUAGUGGAUUCCUGUUAGGAUUUGUCAGAGGCUGGAAGCUGACCUUGGUUAUUAUCUCAAUCAGUCCAUUAAUUGGGAUUGGAGCAGGAAUGAUUGGCCUGGCUGUGGCAAAGCUGACAGGUCGAGAAUUAAAAGCUUAUGCAAAAGCUGGUGCUGUGGCCGAUGAAGUGCUCUCAUCCAUCAGAACAGUGGCUGCUUUUGGAGGGGAAAGAAAAGAAGUUGAAAGAUAUGACAAAAACCUAGUGUUUGCCCAAAACUGGGGAAUUAGAAAGGGAAUAAUAAUGGGAUUUUUCACUGGUUACAUCUGGUGUAUCAUUUUCCUGUGUUAUGCAGUAGCAUUCUGGUAUGGAUCAAAACUGGUCCUUGAGGAAGAGGAGUACUCACCUGGCACACUGUUACAGGUUUUCUUUGGAGUUCUGAUAGGCGCCUUAAAUCUUGGCCAAGCUUCUCCUUGCCUGGAAGCCUUUGCCACAGGCCGUGGGGCUGCAACAAACAUCUUUGAGACAAUAGAUAAAAAACCUGCCAUUGAUUGUAUGUCAGAAGAUGGCUACAAACUGGAUAAAGUCAGAGGUGAAAUUGAAUUCCAUAAUGUGACCUUCUACUACCCAUCCAGGCCUGAAGUAAAGAUAUUAGAAAAACUCAACAUGAUUAUCAAGUCAGGGGAAACAACAGCUUUUGUUGGCCCCAGUGGAGCUGGGAAGAGUACCACAGUACAGCUAAUCCAGCGAUUCUAUGACCCUAGCGAAGGCAUGGUUACUCUAGAUGGACACGAUAUUCGCUCCCUUAAUAUUCAGUGGCUGCGUUCUUUGAUUGGCAUAGUUGAACAGGAACCAGUCCUGUUUGCUACCACCAUUGCAGAGAACAUUCGCUACGGUCGGGAAGAUGCCACUAUGGAAGAUAUCAUCAGAGCAGCCAAAGAAGCCAAUGCCUACAACUUUAUUAUGGAUCUGCCUCUGCAAUUUGACACCCUUGUUGGAGAAGGAGGUGGCCAGAUGAGUGGAGGUCAGAAGCAGCGAAUCGCUAUUGCUCGAGCUUUAGUUCGAAAUCCCAAAAUCCUGCUACUGGACAUGGCUACAUCAGCAUUGGACAAUGAAAGUGAAGCUAUAGUGCAAGAGGCCCUUCAUAAGGCUCGUGUUGGGCGCACUGCAGUCUCCAUUGCUCACCGCUUAUCCACAGUCAGAACUGCAGAUGUCAUAAUUGGUUUUGAACAUGGAAGAGCAGUGGAAAGAGGAAAACAUGAGGAUCUGAUGGAACGAAAAGGGGUUUAUUUCACUUUGGUAACUUUGCAGAGCCAAGGAGACAAAGCACUCAUUGAAACAUCGAUACAAGGGUCUGAAUCAAAACUUGAGAGAACUCCAUCUUUCAUCAGGGGAAGCUAUCGGGCUAGCUUAAGAGCUUCCCUUCGACAGCGUUCUAGAUCUCAGUUGUCAAAUAUAGUACCUGACCAUCCAAUGUCAGUUGCCCGAAAUCUUUCAGAGCAUAUCUAUAGCACAACUCAGUAUGAAGAAGAUGGCACACCAUUUAAGAAGAAUCCGAUGACUGCAGAGGUAGAAGAAAUAAAACCUGCUAAUGUUACGAGGAUUUUGAAAUACAAUGCUGCUGAAUGGCCAUAUAUGCUGCUUGGAUCCAUUGGAGCAGCCUUCAAUGGGGCAGUCAACCCACUAUAUGCCUUGCUGUUCAGCCAGAUUCUUGGAACAUUUUCCAUACUUGAUGAAGAAGAACAAAGACUGCAGAUCAACAACAUCUGCUUGCUCUUUGUAUUUGUUGGAGUUAUAUCAUUUUUUACACAGUUCUUACAGGGAUAUACAUUUGCAAAGUCUGGUGAACUACUUACAAGACGGUUAAGGAAAACUGGCUUCCAGGCUAUGCUAGGUCAAGAAAUUGGUUGGUUUGAUGACCACAGGAACAGCCCAGGGGCCUUGACUACAAGACUAGCAACUGAUGCAUCUCAGGUUCAAGGGGCAACUGGCACCCAGAUAGGAAUGAUUGUGAACUCCCUCACCAAUAUUGGAGUGGCCAUUAUUAUCGCAUUCUACUUCAGCUGGAAGCUUAGCUUAGUCAUCACCUGUUUCUUGCCCUUCUUGGCUUUAUCUGGAGUGGUGCAGUCUCAAAUGAUGACAGGUUUUGCCUCUCAGGACAAGCAAGCAAUGGAAGCUACUGGAAAGAUUUCCAAUGAAGCCCUCACAAAUAUUAGGACUGUAGCUGGAAUUGGGAAGGAGAAAAAAUUUAUUGAAGCAUAUGAAAAAGAGCUGGAAAUCCCUUACAGAGCAGCAGUCAAAAAAGCAAAUGUUUAUGGAGUUUGCUUUGGCUUUGCACAGUGUGUGUUGUUUAUAGCCAACUCAGUCUCUUAUCGGUAUGGAGGAUUUUUAGUUAACAAGGAAGGACUUCACUACAGCUAUGUAUUCAGGGUGAUUUCCUCUAUUGUGACCAGUGGAACUGCUUUAGGAAAAGCAUCAUCUUAUACACCAAAUUAUGCCAAAGCAAAAAUAGCUGCAGCUCGCUUUUUCCAGCUGGUGGAUCGGAUUCCCCGAAUCAGCGUUUACAGUGAUGCUGGAGCAAAAUGGGAUAAUUUUCGUGGAAGCAUUGAAUUUCUGAACUGUAAGUUCACAUAUCCUUCUCGUCCCAACAUCAAAGUGCUAAAUGGUCUUUCAGUGUCUGUGAAAUCUGGACAGACCCUUGCCUUUGUUGGAAGUAGUGGAUGUGGCAAAAGUACCAGUGUCCAACUUCUGGAACGUUUUUAUGACCCUGAGGAAGGAAAAGUGUUGAUAGAUGGACAUGAUACCAAGAAAGUAAAUGUCCACUUUCUCAGAUCUAAAAUUGGAAUAGUGUCUCAGGAACCUGUGCUGUUUGACUGUAGUAUUGCUGACAAUAUUAAAUAUGGCGACAACACCAGAGAGAUUUCUAUGGAAAAAGUGAUCUCAGCAGCCAAGAAGGCCCAGCUCCACGACUUUGUCAUGUCACUUCCUGAUAAAUAUGAAACUAAUGUUGGAGCUCAGGGAUCAUUGCUGUCUCGUGGACAAAAGCAGCGCAUUGCUAUAGCUCGAGCCAUUGUCCGAGAUCCCAAGAUCUUACUACUGGAUGAAGCGACAUCUGCAUUAGAUACAGAAAGUGAACAGACUGUGCAAGCUGCACUGGAUAAAGCUAGAGAAGGCCGAACGUGCAUUGUCAUAGCCCACCGUUUGUCUACCAUUCAGCAUUCUGAUAUCAUAGCUGUCAUGUCUCAAGGAGUGAUAAUCGAAAAGGGCACUCAUGAAGAACUGAUGGCCCAGGAAGGGGCAUACUACAAACUGGUCACCACUGGUGCACCGAUCAGCUGAGCUUUCACACUUAACCUCUGACACGAUCGAUAUGAUUUUCUUGGGGAUGUACUAAGGCCAGGAUGAGCAUGUCAGCAGUCUUUAUGUUACACAAAGUUGACUCUGCUGUUAUAUAAUAAUAUACCUAUGGAGGUGCCCUACUUGCCAGAUUGUGACUUGUCCCUUCAGUCAUAAAACUUGCAGUGGUAUGAAGAAAGGCAAUAUCUGAAACUGUGAUGCUGCAGGGAGAGUGCUGAGAACCUGAUUUUUGUCAAUGGAGAACCAGUUCUAUCAAAUUAUAUGUCUGGAUUAUUAGCCCACCGAUAUGCAGCACCAGUGAGGAAAACAACUGCAGACCUACAACCCUAGGUCCACAAGGAUGCUUCCACUUGAUAAUCUGGGCAAAUGGUGGCAUCCAGCCACAUGUCCCAAUGCUUCUACUGAACGCACAAUUGUGAUCAUGGAAAUACCUAGACUAGGGAUGGGCUAGAAUUCCGCCCAGUUGAGAUUUGGUACUGAAUUUUCCAUUAAUUUGUUUGUUUGCUAUUGUUAAGGAUUUGAUUUUUAUGUAGUGAUUUUCCGCAGCUAUUUUCAGAAAUGGAUUUUUUUUAAAAAAUUCACAUCGAUAUUAAUGUUAAUAUUUUAUUGAUAUUUCUUUCAAUGUAUCAAUAUUUCCUUAAUUUAUUGACAUGUCCUUUAAAUAUUAAUAUUGAUAUUAAUAUUAAUAUAAUCUGCUUUUCUGAGGGGGAAAAAGGAUUGGUAAAAGCAGCGACUUGCAGAUAAAGAAAGAACUCAAAUCGAUACCAGCCCAUUAGGUUGGCUUAAUGCUUUCAAACCAACCGGCCAACAGAUCCUAUCCCUAACCUAGACACAAGUGUCCAUACAUUCAUAAACAGAAAGGAAGCAUUGUAGGCUGGGUGUGCCUGUCUGCCAAGGAAGUGGAUGUUGUUCUGGGUGGUUUUAAAAAAAAAUAAAGCAGCUGUUAUAUCUUGAAUAUGUUCGGGUGAAAACACACUCACUGUUCUGCUGGUUCCAGUGCAUCUCCACCUGAAAACAAGGGCACACUGUGCUACUCAAACCCCGCCCCUUCUUACUGUAAAACCUGGUGGGAGCAGCUUGAGUGCAUUCUUUAAAAAAUUCCGCUUCAAAAUUUCACAGCUGAUCGGGAAAUCAACCUGUCCCCUCCCAGGUUUGGCUAAUGCAAAACUCUUUGAUCUGGUGCCUCCUGUGUUUGCAGCCUUCAUCUCACCCAGCCGUGUCAGCAGCUUCCUAAGGUCUUGAACGAAAGUGUUUCCCAGUCCUGCUACCUGAUAUCUUUUAACUGAGAUGCCAGAGAUUGUACCUGGGAGGACAUAUUUCAGAAGCAGGUGCUUCCCCGCUAAGCUAUGGUUCUUCUUACAGUAGUGAGCUGUCCUUUCCCCUGCACAAGCACUUGCUCAUUACAAAGGCAUAUGGAGCUGCCACAGUGCUUUUCGCAAUAUAAAAAACACCAGGAGUGCAGCUGAGAGUGGGAGGGGAAAACUGGAGAUCAGUCUCCGCCAUAGGGUUGUUUAUACUGAUGCUGCAGAGAUGACAGUAAAAUUACCAUCCGUGUUUAUUGUUGACUCAGGAAAAGAAAACACAAAAAGGGGGAAAGGCAAAUCAGCGUCACAUUAGUCAAUCCUGUGGGAGCAGGAAAUGUUUCUUACCAUGUGUUUGCAGAAAUGAGCAACCUAGUCUAACUGUGAACAUCUAAACCAGCAACCUUCACAACAGGGCUGGUUCUAAAGGGCGGCCAAGUUGGGCACUGGCCUGAGGACCCCAGAGCUACAGGGUCCCCUGAGGGGCCCUCCGCUCCCCUUCCUUAAUCCGUGCCCCCCAUGCCCCCCCACUUACCUGUCAGCCGGCUUUUUAGCAUUGCCCUUAAUGAAGAUGGCAGCCGCAGCUUCCCUAAGGUACUGAAGCCGCUGCCGCCAUCUUAGUUGAUGGCAGAGAUGUGUGCGCAUAGCACGUGUGCCAUCAACAAAGAUGGCAGUGGAGGCUUCAUUCCCCUUAGGGAAACCGCAGCCACCGUCUUCAUUAAGGGCAAUGGUAAAGACUAGACAGGUAGGGGGGGCACGUGUGUGCGCACACCCACCCACCCACUGGGGGGCCAGGGCAAGCUGAUGUCCAAGGGCCCCCACAUACCUGGAGCUGGCCCUGCUUCACAACAACCAUUCUGGCUGGGGCUGGUAGGAAUUGUAGUCCAAAGCCAGGUUGGGGAAAGCUGGUAAGUAAAGAAUCUAAAUUGUUUCCUGAAUAGAAGCAAUUAUACAGAAAGGAGAAUGUAUAUUGCCUUUUCCUCCUCAAUCCACAAUUUGGCUAACUAGCACCUUGUGUACAAAUAUACGUUUUCACUAAAGCAA